AUGACAUCAAACAUUGCAGAAUCUUUGAAUUCUGCAAUCAUAGCAGUAAGAGAGCUGGCAAUUUGUACGAUGCUAGAGUGUUUACGAGCUUUGGUGCAACGGUGGAGUUGGACUAAUAGGAACAUAGCAAAUGCAACCUCUACAAAGUUGACAGACAAGCAUGAAGUGAUCCUGAAUGACAACUACAUUUACUCAUUGAAGUUAACGGUGUACCCAACAAAUCAUAUUUUGUAUGAAGUUCAUGAUGAUGGCAAGAAAUCAAUAGUUGAUAUCAAUUCAAGAACAUGCACAUGCAACAGGUUUCAAAUGGAUCAACUUCCUUGUACCCAUGCAAUUGCUGUUUUUAAAAAAAUGAAUCAAGAUCCUUAUCAAUAUUGUUCUCCAUAUUACACCAAGGAAGCCAUGGUUGCAACUUACAAAGAAAGUAUAUACCCACUUGGUAAUGAAGACACUUGGCAAAUACCUUAA